GAGUUAGAAAUUAGAAAUCUGCAUUCAAGUUCCCAGAAAACUCCUUCGGAGAAGGGAAGAACCAUACAAUCUUCGACUCUUCACUUCAAUGCUGCAGAAGGGGUUUGCGCAUGGCUACUCUCUUUCACCCACCGACCAUGCUUUCCCUCUCUGUGCAUAGGCUGCUCUUCUCGUCUGGGCAGCAGCAACAACGGCCAAGCUGGAGAACCCAGGAAUGCCCUCCUGGAAGGAAGUUCAUACUUUGUGCUUCUUCGGCUAAAAAACCCAGGCGGAGUAGAAAGAUUAAGAGUGACGAGGAAUUGUGCAAUGAAGUGCGGGAGUUUGUAUCAGUGGUUGGACUUCCUGAGGGUCAUGUCCCAUCUAUGAAGGAGUUUUCGAAACACGGAAGAAAUGAUCUUGCUAACCUUGUUAGACGGAGAGGAUAUAAACUUAUGAAAGAGCUUCUUGCAAGUUCAACAGUAGCAGACCUUGAUGAGUUCGUUGGAGAAAAGAGUUUGGUGGAAAAUCAUUGCAUGACUGGCAAUUUGGAAGAAAUCUUAACAGGUCAGAAUGAAAAGGCAAGCAAUGCGGUUCAAGAUUUUUCCUUGUCAGCAGAAGUUAUCAGUGUGGAAAAUCUUACCCUUGUGGACGACUUCAGCACUGCUAACCAUAAUUCCAUGAAGGAAAGCACUGCUUACAGUUUUGAAGAUCAGAAUGAGAAGUCACAGAUUAUGGUUGACAACCUUUUUCCAUCAACCAAUGGCUCCAUUCAAAGGAACUAUUUGGGAAGUUUGACUUCCGGUCUAAAUCUUGAAUCCAGUGACCAUGAUUGCAGGCCUACAGAAUCUUUGGGCAUUUCAACCUUGGAGAAAAAAGUGUCAGAGUUUAUUCAGAAUGGAGAUCUUGAUAAAAUUGAAGAUAGUGUUUUUGGAGUAUCAAAUGCAAGUGGUGAUGAAGUAAGCAAGGCAGUCACUAAAAUGGAAUCAGAACAACUAAAAAGUUAUAAUUUGGAGGAGUUGAAUCUUGAGUCAAUCAGAGGGGGUGAUGAAAUUGAGAUUGAUCGUCUCAGAUUUAUGCUGCAACAAAAGGAAUUGGAGAUGUCUCGUUUGAAGGAGCAGAUUGAAAAGGAAAAGAUUGCUUUGUCUGCCUUGCAAACCAAGGCUGAAACAGAGAUCAAGAAGGCUCAAGAACUUGUCUCUCAGAAAGAUGCUGAGUUACAUGCUGCAGAAGAAAGUCUUGCUGGACUCAAAGAGGUCCAAAUUGAAUACUCUGGGGAGGGUGAAAUUGUGGAGGUGGCAGGUAGCUUCAAUGGUUGGCAUCAUCAGGUUAAAAUGGAUCCUCACCCAUCUUCUUGUGUCAUAGACCCCAUCAGAUCAAGGAAAUCAAAAAUUUGGUCGACAGUUCUGUGGCUUUAUCCUGGGACAUAUGAGGUUUGAACUUUUACCUCAUAACACAGCAACCUUUUAUCUUUUCAUCUUAACAGAAUUAACAAGUCAAGCUGUGGACAUCUGAAACCAACAUAUUUUUUAGUUGACUAAUAGAUAUUUACUUGAAGUGACGUUAGUUGAAAAACUCAUGUUCAAUUACCUGAAAACAUGGAAGACAGUUAAAACUGGAACUUACUCUCAGAUAUUUGUUCUUCACUUGGUAUGCAAGAUUAAAUUGUUAAUUAGAUUUAGUCGUUUUCAUUCUGAUUUAGUAAACUAAAUUGGCAGGUUGUGUCAUAUUUUUUAUACCACCAACCAGAAUCAAUAUGAGGAGACACUAGAACAAUAUAGGAAGGUCCUUAGGUAUGAAGUUAAAAUAAAAUGGCCAAACUGCUUUUAACUUUGUUCAUUUAUUGAUGAUGAUCCAAGGGGACUGUUGAAAGGUGAUGGAAGAGUAAGUGGAAUACCUUAAGUUUGAAUCUGAACAUCUAUUUUGGAUCUUAUGUUGUUACUAAUUAUCUAAUGCUACAUAUGUUUUUGUUAAACGAUGACAUUUCUAGGACUUUUAUCACCAUCAUUUGAAAAUUUCAAAUUGCAGAUAAAAUUCAUUGUUGAUGGUCAAUGGACUAUUGAUCCUCAAAAGGAAUCAGUUUACAAUGGUGGUAUUUGUAACAACAUUCUACUAGUUGACAGAUAACUUCAGCUUACAGGGGAGUCAGUUUAUCGACAAGGUGGGGUUGAUUUAUUUGCCAAAACUUUUACUAAAUACUAAUUCCAAAUCUUACUUCAACCAUGGUUACCCGCUGCUCCUGUUGUCAGUCUGAUGGUGAAAAUAAGACAUUUCUUUGGAUAAAAAUCUGUCGAUCAUCAACUUGCUGUCGAGGAUGAAGUUUGAUAAAAUGUGUUUCAAAAGUAGUUUACUUGAGCUAGCUAUCAUAAAUUGUUUUGAUAUAUUGUUAUGUCUAAUAGAUUAUGAUGAGUAAG